GGAGGAGGAGGAGGAAUUGUUGCCGAGCGCCAGAGCCGCGUGUGAGCCGAGCCAGAGAAAGACGUGAUUGUUGUCACCGUGCCUCGCUCCCAGCCCUCCCAGUGCUCCCAGCCCUCCCAGUGCUCCCCUCCCAGCCCUCCCAGUGCUCCCAGCCCUCCCAGCCACAAAACCCCCGCGCCCCGGCCGGGCUCGCUCGUGGCGGAGCGGAGAGGAGGAGGAGGAGGAGGAGGGAGAGAGAAGCCAGAGAGAAACUUGUCUUGGGGAUUAAUAGGAGGCAGGAGGAGGGAGAGGUGCGCACAGGAAAACUCCGGGACCAUGAAGGCGGCCCUGGCGCUCCUCCUCCCGCUGGCGCUCGCCCUGGCGCCGGUGGCGAGCGGGCAGCGGCGGAAACCCCCGCGCAGACCCACCCGGCCGCCCGCGCCCUUCGAGGAGCCGGCGGAACCCACGGAGCUGCCGCCUCCCCUCCCUCCGGGCCCCCCGUCCGUGUUCCCCGACUGCCCCCGCGAGUGUUACUGCCCGCCCGACUUCCCGUCGGCGCUGUACUGCGACAGCCGCAACCUGCGCACCGUGCCGCUGAUCCCGGCGCGCAUCCACUACCUGUACCUGCAGAACAACUUCAUCGCCGACCUGCCCGAGGAGUCCUUCCGCAACGCCACCGCCCUCAAGUGGGUCAACCUGGACAACAACCGCAUCCGCAAGGUGGACAGGAAGGUGCUGGAGAAGCUGGAAAAUCUCAUUUUUCUCUACAUGGAGAGGAACCAGCUGAAGGAGGUGCCGGCUUUCCUGCCGCCCAACCUGGAGCAGCUGCGGCUCAGCAGGAAUCAGAUCUCCAGGAUCCCCGCUGGUGUUUUCAACAAGCUGGAGAAUCUGGUGCUGCUGGACCUGCACCACAACAAGCUGAGCGAUGGCGUCUUCAACAAAAACACCUUCAAGGGGCUCAAGAACCUCAUGCAGCUCAACCUGGCCCACAACAUCCUGAGGAAGAUGCCCCCCGGCGUGCCCAGCGCCAUCCACCAGCUUUUCCUGGACAGGAACAACAUCGAGGACAUCCCCAGCGAUUAUUUCAAGGAGUUUCCCAACCUGGCGUUCAUCCGGCUCAACUACAACCAGAUCUCGGAUAAGGGGCUGCCCAAAAACUCCUUCAACCUCACCAACCUGCUGGUGCUGCACCUGGCCCACAACAAGCUCACCAACGUGCCCUUCAUCAGCCCCAAGCUGGAGCACCUCUACCUGAACAACAACUCCAUCGAGAAAAUCAACGGCACGCAGAUCUGCCCCACCUCUCUGGUGUCCAUCCAGGAUUUCUCGCCCUCCGACCUGGACAGCGUCCCCCGGCUGCGCUACCUGCGGCUGGACGGGAACCUGCUGAAGCCGCCCAUCCCCCUGGACCUGAUGCUGUGUUUCCGCCUGCUCCAGUCCGUGGUGUUUUAGUCCUGCCCCGCCUCCCCCAGGCCCGGCUUAGCUCGGACGUUUCACCCCCGCCGGCGUUUGACACGUGGGACCCUCUCCCCUCCCUCUCCCCGCGCUCGCUCCUCUCCUCCAUCCCUUUUCCUCCCCUGCAGGACACUCCUUGGGGACUCGCCAGGUGACAGCUCGCUGUCCUUGUCCCCUCCAGGCCAAGCCCGGAGCCGGCUCCGUGUGUCCCUUGGCGCCCGGCAGAGUUCGGGGGGUUUGGGUUUGGGUCCGGUCCGUGUCCCUGCUCCUGGGGACGAGUCCCGCUGGAUUUUGGAGGGAGGAUGGGCACUGUGGCCAGCGCGGGGGAUGGGGACACCGCUGUCACCUGAGCUUUGGCUCCGCGUUUCUCUGGAGGAGGAGCAGGAUGUGAAAUCCCUCCUGGAGCCGGGGAUUUGUCGGGAUGGAGCAGGGAGGGUGUCCUGCCCCGGGAUCCUGCGGGUCACACCUUCCCACAUCCCCUGGGCAAAACCAGACCCUGCCCGGCUUCAAAUCCCCCAUCCCAGCACCGAUCCUUGGGGUCAGGAACCCAGCCCAAAAUCCUGCAGAAUUGCCUGGAAAAUCUGGGAUACAGGGACAAAUCCAUGGGGUCACAGCCCCAUCCCAAAAUCCUGAAUCCUUCCCUGUGAGCUGGGGUGGUGCAGACACAUCCAUGGGGUCACAGCCCCAUCCCAAAAUCCUGGAUCAUUCCCUGGAAAAUCUGGGAUACAGGGACACAUCCAUGGGGUCAUUGCCCCAGCCCAAAAUCCUUCAGCAUUCCCUGGAAAAUCUGGGAUUCAGGGACACAUCCAUGGGGUCACAGCCCCAUCCCCAAAUCCUGCAUCCUUCCCUGGAAAAUCUGGGAUUCAGGGACACAUCCAUGGGGUCACAGCCCCAUCCCCAAAUCCUGCAUCCUUCCCUGGAAAAUCUGGGAUUCAGGGACACAUCCAUGGGGUCACAGCCCCAUCCCCAAAUCCUGCAUCCUUCCCUGGAAAAUCUGGGAUUCAGGGACACAUCCAUGGGGUCACAGCCCCAUCCCAAAAUCCUGCAUCCUUCCCUCUGAGAUCUGAGGAUUCAGGGCCACAUCCACGGCUCAGUUUCUCUCUGGAGCCAAUCACACACGACUGGGUUUUGCCUUUUUUUAUUCGAAAUGAAAGGAAGGGAAAAGAAAAGGGAAGAAUUACCCUUUGGAAGAGCUAUUUUUAUCCCUUUUUUUCCCCAUCCUCACAUGUAUCGCUUCCCCCUCCCAUAGCUGUACCUGCAUUUAUCGGGUGUCCGGGUUUAGGGGGGAUUAUUCUCUUCUUUUCUUCCUGACUCUCAGCAUUUGGAUUUAAAGGCUGAGCAUUAGAGAGGGAACAAAAAAAAAAAAAAAAAUCAUCAAAAUCCAACUGCAAUGAGCAUUAAAUAAAUCAAAGAAAGCUCCUUUGUGUCCAUCCAGCAGAACUGACCCUUCCUGGGGCGGCCACGGACGGGCACCGUGUCCUUCCCCCCACGGGUGGCACAGGGAUGCUCCCCUUUUUCCAUUAAUUAAAACCUUGUGCUAAUUAAUGAGGUUUUUUUCAGCUCUCCCUGCAGUUGGGUGGGACAGGUUUCAGCCCUAAACCCGGACUAAUUCCCCCCCUGGAUUUAUAUAUAUUUAUAUCUGAUGUGUAUAUAGACUGGUAGAAUGUACAGAUAUUCCUAGAGCCGCCUCCCGACCUGGCAACUUUAUGGGUUUUUCACUCCCACUCCCUGCAGCAGUGGAAAUAAAAUCAUUCACGAGGGA